GCCCGCGCUUUUCAGACUUCAGCGUUUCCCUCCGGAGUUUCUCUGCUUUAGGAAGACGUUGCUCAGUUCCUUUUAUCCCGCCGUGGUGCUUUCCUGAAUGUCGAAAUGCCUGUUGGCGUGGACGUCAACAGCCUCAUUGGACCUUUGAACCACUGUUGUCGGAGGCCAGCGGAGAGGACACUCAUAUCGGGCCCCUGCGAUGGAAAGGAAGCUGUGCUGCCGGUGAUUUCACUGGAUCCCAACCCUCGCGGGGCCCGUCAAUAGUCGGCCACUGCUGCGCUGGAACAGACUCCAGGUGGAACAGAAAAGGCCUGUCCCAGGAUGUCAGAUCGUGUUAAGAGAUCACUGAAAUUGGAUCAUCUCGUAGAAGCAAAAUCAUUUGAUUCUACAAAAAUCACAAGGAAGAAAAGUAUUACAACUUACUCUCCAACAACUGGAACUUGUCAAAUGAGCCCGUUUGCUUCUCCUGCAAGCUCUAAAGAACAAGAACACAAAAGUGAACCAUCAAAUGGAAAGAGGAAAAAAUGGACUCACCUCAGUUUAAUUGAAAGGAAGGAAUCUACAACAAAAGACAAUGAUGAAUUCAUGGUAUUGCUAUCUAAAGCUGAAAAAUCAUCAAAAGAAAUCCUGGAAAUAAUGCAAAAUUUAAGUAGUAUACAGGCUUUGGAGGGCAGUAGAGAGCUUGGAAAGCUCAUUGGCAUCUCCCGUAUAUCAUGUUUCUUCUUACAAAGAGAAAUGCAGAAAACGAAAGAACUAAUGACAAAAGUAACAAAACAAAAACUAUUUGAAAAGAAGAGCUCAGGACUUCCCAACAAAGAAUCAUAUCAUCGUGACAGCUAUGAAUUCCUUAAAGGCAUUUUAAACUGAGUUCUCUAUGGACUCAGCAAAAUAUUUAGAGGAAAUGCACUUACUAUGGACACCAACUUCUUCUGCAUCUGCCUGAUCAUAUUUAAAGGAACAGAAGAAAUGUUUGUAAUUAAUCUGCCCAGUAAAUACCAGAUCAUAGCACGAGGCAGGUGCGUGUCUAGAUAAAAUUUCUUGCAGCUAAUUUAAACUUUCUACACAUAGUGGUAGAUAAUCUCAAUGUAAAUAAUACAUUUCUUCUUGACCCUUUAAUGUAAGCCAACAUGUAGAAGAAGAUCUUGACUUCAUUUCUGUACCACAUACACUCCUGUAUACUUUCAGCAUUUAUGAAUAGACUUAAAUCAUUUAUAAAAAUGGCACCUGUGGUAAAACUGUAUGUUUUAAAACUCAGAAUAAAUUUAAUGAUGAGUGGAAUUAGGUACCACUUUCCCAUUUAAAGCCCCAGGUGUAUAUUAAUUAGAUUUUUUUGAACUUAUAAAAUUUUUCCAGAAGUUUAUUGUAUAGCCAACUAUCUCAGGGAUGAGUUUUUAUUAAUAAUACUCUAGUUAUUCCUAUGUUUGUACAGAAAAACUAUUUCAAUAUUUUAAAACUUUUAUACCUCCUAUUAUAAAAUAGUGGAAUGCAUUUUUCAGUACAAACAUUUUAAAAUAUGAAGUUGUUCUUAAACUGAACUACACACUCUACGAAAUUAAAAGAAAAAGGACCUUUCUUAUGGGUAUGUGAUCCCUUCCAAAUGGUUUUGAAGCAUUAACUUAAACUUCUGUUUUUCUGUGGUGUUAUUUUGUAUUACACUCAUCUGUACUCUCACAGGAUGUGUUAUAAGUUGAUAACAUUGUUUUUUAAAAUUCUGUAUUUUUCUUUGACCACUUCUGCAGGGGAGAAAAAUGCUAUUCCCUUGCUACUUGCCCUAAGUCUUGAUAAAAUUUGUGGAAGAUACUACUGUAUCAGGAAAAUAAAAAUACUCUUAUGAAAAUCUGAAACAAAA